AUGUCGAAUAGUAUCAAAGUUCUUUUACAAAGACGGACCUUUUUGAAAUCCCAAAUAACUCAGCUAACCAACGUCCUCGACAAGGGCGCGCCGGAUAAUACCACCUUAAAAUUACGGAUUGCUCGGUUGACCGAAGUAUAUAACGCAUAUGAAGAACAUAAUAUUGAGCUUACAGUAUUGGAUCCCGAUAAUCAAGAUUCACAUCAAGAUGAAUUCGUAAACGUUCAAGAGCGAUUUUUCUCACUCGCGAGUAGAAUUGAUAACAUUUUAAAUGUAGCGGAUGUGUCAAACUCCGCAGGAUCGAGCAUCGAGACUCGAAGCGACCGUGCCGAAUCCACGGCAUCUACCAAAAAACGGCGAGUUAAGUUACCCGAGGCUCCGCUGCCUACCUUCGAUGGAAAAUUCGAGAAUUGGUUAUCGUUUAAGAAUACCUUUUAUAACAUGAUAGGCUCGCAAACCGAUUUAUCAGACGUAGACAAAAUGCACUACUUAAAAUCCGCGUUAACCGGAGAAGCCGCCAAUAAGGUGAGGAUUCUUGAGAUCGACGGUAUUAGUUAUUCGAAAGCCUGGGAACUUCUCGAGCGAUCGUAUGAGGUGAAACGAAUUUUAGCAACGCGACAUCUCUCUUUAAUUGUCAACUUGCCCGUGUUAGAGAAAGAAACCACGAGUGGUUUAACAAAACUUGCGGACGACGUUCAACAACAUCUUGCCUCUUUAGCUACGAUAAACGUGUCCGUUGGGCCCGAAAUGGUCGUGUAUCUUCUCAAGCAAGUUACCGAAGAAAACCCUCGAGAAGUGGGAAUCUUCUAUAGAGAAGGAUGA